GCUGCCGAGUCGAGCCUCCGGCGCAGCUCGAGUCGCGGGCGCCGGAGCCGCUGUCGGCGCGGCGGGCGGGAGCCGGGCUCUCAGAAGGGCGGGAGGGCGGAGCGCAGCGCAGGGACGCGGCAGAAGGGGCCCGCGGCCCGGUCGCAGGCAGACAGGUGUGCGGGAAGCCGGGCGGUCAGGGGUCUGGAGGCUUCAGGCCAGGCCCGCGGUCCGAAACCGGGUGCUGAACCGGGACACCGCGCUCGAAGCCCAGACUCAGCCCCUCAGGUGCUCAGCUUGGCUAUAGGGUGCGGGGACCACGGCCGGACAGGAACACCCGAAGCCUAGUGUUGGGCCGGGCCGGGCAGGGGUGGGUGGGGGCCCGCCCGGCCCGCCCAUGGGCUCAGGAUGCCGGUGCGGAGGGGCCACGUCGCUCCGCAGAAUACCUUCUUGGACACCAUCAUUCGCAAGUUUGAAGGCCAGAGCCGCAAGUUUAUCAUCGCCAACGCUCGGGUGGAGAACUGCGCCGUCAUCUACUGCAACGACGGCUUUUGCGAGCUGUGCGGCUACUCGCGGGCCGAGGUGAUGCAGCGGCCCUGCACCUGCGAUUUCCUGCACGGGCCACGCACGCAGCGCCGAGCAGCCGCGCAAAUCGCGCAGGCCCUGCUAGGCGCAGAGGAGCGCAAAGUGGAGAUCUCCUUUUACCGGAAGGAUGGGAGCUGCUUCCUAUGUCUGGUGGAUGUGGUGCCCGUGAAGAAUGAGGAUGGGGCCGUCAUCAUGUUCAUCCUCAACUUCGAGGUGGUGAUGGAGAAGGACAUGGUGGGCUCCCCAGCUCGGGACACUAAUCACCGCGGGGCCCCCACUAGCUGGCUCGCCCCAGGUCGUGCCAAGACCUUCCGCCUGAAACUGCCGGCGUUGCUGGCUCUGACUGCUCGGGACUCGUCCUCACGACCUGGCGGUACAGGUGGUACGGGGGCCACAGGAGCUGUGGUGGUGGAUGUGGACCUGACGCCCGCUGCGCCCAACGAGUCGCUGGCCCUGGAUGAGGUGACAGCACUGGAUAACCAUGUGGCUGGGCCUUUGCCGGCUGAGGAGCAGCUUGCCCUUGUGGGUCCCAGUUCCACACCCGGCCCACACUCACCGCUGGCGCACAGUCUCAACCCCGAUGCCUCCGGCUCCACUUGCAGCCUGGCCCGGACCCGUUCUAGAGAGAGCUUUGCCAGUGUGCGUCGUGCCUCCUCAGCCGAUGACAUUGAGGCCAUGCGCUCUGGGGUGCUGCCGCCACCACCACCACACCACGCCAGCACAGGGGCCAUGCACCCCCUGCGCAGUGGAUUGCUUAACUCCACGUCAGAUUCGGACCUUGUGCGCUACCGCACUAUUAGCAAGAUCCCCCAAAUCACCCUCAACUUUGUGGACCUCAAGGGCGACCCCUUCCUGGCUUCACCUACCAGUGACCGGGAGAUCAUAGCACCCAAAAUAAAGGAGCGAACCCACAACGUCACUGAGAAGGUCACCCAGGUGCUGUCCCUGGGCGCGGAUGUGCUGCCCGAGUACAAGCUACAGGCGCCACGGAUCCACCGCUGGACCAUCCUGCACUACAGCCCCUUCAAGGCGGUGUGGGACUGGCUCAUCCUGCUGUUGGUCAUCUACACAGCUGUCUUCACGCCCUACUCAGCCGCCUUCUUGCUGAAGGAGACCGAGGAAGGUCCCCCGGCCCCUGACUGUGGCUAUGCCUGCCAGCCACUGGCUGUGGUGGACCUCAUCGUAGAUAUUAUGUUCAUUGUGGACAUCCUCAUCAACUUCCGCACCACCUACGUCAACGCCAAUGAGGAGGUGGUCAGCCAUCCGGGCCGCAUUGCCGUCCACUACUUCAAGGGCUGGUUCCUCAUUGACAUGGUGGCUGCCAUCCCCUUUGACCUGCUCAUCUUCGGCUCUGGCUCUGAGGAGCUGAUUGGGUUGCUGAAGACGGCACGGCUGCUGCGGCUGGUGCGUGUGGCACGGAAGCUGGACCGCUACUCAGAGUAUGGGGCAGCUGUGCUCUUUCUGCUCAUGUGCACCUUCGCGCUCAUUGCGCACUGGCUGGCCUGCAUCUGGUACGCCAUCGGCAACAUGGAGCAGCCACACAUGGACUCGCGCAUCGGCUGGCUGCACAACCUGGGUGACCAGAUUGGCAAGCCCUACAACAGCAGUGGCCUGGGUGGCCCCUCCAUCAAGGAUAAGUACGUCACUGCGCUCUACUUCACCUUCAGCAGCCUCACCAGUGUGGGCUUCGGCAAUGUCUCUCCCAACACCAAUUCAGAGAAGAUCUUCUCCAUCUGCGUCAUGCUCAUUGGCUCGCUUAUGUACGCCAGCAUCUUCGGCAAUGUUUCAGCUAUCAUCCAGCGACUAUACUCAGGUACUGCGCGCUACCACACGCAGAUGCUGCGUGUGCGGGAGUUCAUCCGAUUCCACCAGAUUCCCAAUCCACUGCGGCAGCGCCUUGAGGAGUACUUCCAGCAUGCCUGGUCCUACACCAAUGGCAUCGACAUGAAUGCGGUGCUGAAGGGAUUCCCUGAGUGCCUGCAAGCUGACAUCUGCCUGCACCUGAACCGCUCACUGCUACAGCACUGCAAACCCUUCCAUGGGGCCACCAAGGGCUGCCUGCGGGCUCUAGCCAUGAAGUUCAAGACGACCCAUGCGCCACCCGGGGACACGCUAGUGCAUGCAGGGGACCUGCUCACUGCCCUCUACUUUAUUUCCCGAGGCUCCAUCGAGAUACUACGGGGCGAUGUUGUUGUGGCCAUCCUAGGGAAGAAUGACAUCUUCGGAGAGCCCCUGAACUUGUAUGCGCGGCCUGGCAAGUCCAAUGGGGACGUACGUGCUCUCACCUACUGCGACCUGCACAAGAUUCACCGGGAUGACCUGCUCGAGGUGCUGGACAUGUACCCUGAGUUCUCAGAUCAUUUCUGGUCCAGCCUGGAAAUAACCUUCAACCUUCGAGAUACCAACAUGAUCCCUGGCUCUCCGGGCAGCACAGAGCUUGACGGUUUCAGUAGGCAACGCAGGCGGAAGCUGUCAUUCCACAGGCGUAUAGACAAGGACAUGGAGCAGCCAGGGGAGGUGUCGGCCUUGGGACCAGGCUGCACCGGGGCAGGGUCAAGUAGCCGGCACCAGCCAGGGGGACUGUGGGGGGAGAGCCCAUCCAGUGGCCCCUCCAGCCCUGAGAACAGUGACGAUGAGGGUCCAGGCCAAAAUUCUAGCCCACUGCGCCUGGUCCCCUUCUCCAAUCCCAGGCCCCCUGGUGAGCUGCCAGGUGGGGAGCCACUGACUGAGGACUGUGAGAAGCGCAGUGACACUUGUAACCCCCUGUCAGGUGCUUUCUCAGGAGUGUCCAACAUUUUCAGCUUCUGGGGGGACAGCCGGGGCCGUCAGUACCAGGAGCUGCCUCGUUGCCCUGCCACCACCCCCAGCCUCCUCAAUAUCCCCCUUUCCAGUCCUGGCCGCCGGCCUCGAGGGGACAUAGAGAGCAGGCUGGAUGCUCUUCAGAGGCAGCUCAACAGACUAGAGACCCGGCUGAGUUCAGAUAUGGCCACUGUGCUGCAGCUGUUACAGAGGCAGAUGACACUGGUUCCACCCGCCUACAGUGCUGUGACCUCCCCAGGACCUGGCCCCACCUCCACCUCCCCUCUGCUGCCUGUCAGCCCCAUGCCCAUCCUCGCCCUGGACUCGCUCUCUCAGGUUUCCCAGUUCAUGGCUUGUGAGGAGCUCCCCUCAGGGGCCCCAGAGCUCCUCCAAGACGGCCCUACCCGACGCCUCUCCCUGCCAGGCCAGCUGGGGGCACUCACCUCCCAGCCCCUGCACAGACACGGCUCAGACCCAGGCAGUUAGUGAGGCUGCCCUUGGUGGACACAUAGCUCACCCAGGCUCAGAGAAUGGCUUGGGCCCCUCCUUUCUAAUGCCCAGAAGGUCAUGGUCAUGGAUAGCUCAGCUCCUUCCCAGCCCUAGGACCAUCUCCUCUUGCAGUCUCCUGGGCCCCAGUGGGAGGAGCAGGGGCAAGGCCGGGCAGUGAAGGGGGGCCUGUGGUCCCACCCUGCCCUGGGGGCAUUAGCUGGUCUAACUGCCCGGAGGUACCCGGCCUGGGCCUUAGGCACCUCAAGGACUUUUCUGCUAUUUACUGCUCUUAUUGUUAAGGAUCAUAAUUAAGGAUCAUAUGAAUAAUUAAUGAAUUUGCUGAUGACUAUGAAUAAUAAAUAAUUAUCCCGAGGAGACUCCA